AUGUCUCAAAAGUCUGCCAUCGUCUCCGUCUAUGACAAGACGGGAUUGCUGGACCUGGCCAAGGGCCUUGUCAAGCAGAAUGUCCGUCUUCUUGCAUCUGGUGGUACCGCGAAGAUGAUUCGGGAGGCUGGCUUCCCCGUCGAAGAUGUCUCCGCCAUCACCAAGGCCCCCGAGAUGCUCGGUGGUCGUGUCAAGACCCUCCACCCCGCCGUGCACGGCGGUAUCCUUGCACGGGACAUCGAAUCGGACGAAAAAGAUCUUGCCGAACAGAAGAUUGACAAAGUUGACUUCGUCGUCUGCAAUCUGUACCCGUUCAAGGAGACCGUUGCCAAGGUCAACGUCACCAUUGACGAGGCCGUCGAGGAGAUCGAUAUCGGCGGUGUGACUCUGCUCCGUGCCGCGGCCAAGAACCACAAGCGUGUAACCAUCCUGUCCGACCCUGCGGACUACCCAGAGUUCUUGAAGGAGCUCGAGGCGGGUGAGAUUACCGAGGCCAGCCGCAAGCAAUAUGCUCUCAAGGCUUUCGAGCAGACUGCCGACUACGACUCCGCCAUCUCUGGCUUUUUCCGUAAGGAGUAUGCUGGCAACGGCCUCUCCCAGCUCUCUCUCCGCUACGGCACCAACCCCCAUCAGAAGCCUGCUGCGGCCUGCAUGAUCCAGGGCAAGCUGCCCUUCAAGGUCCUCAAUGGAUCUCCCGGUUAUGUCAACCUGCUUGAUGCCCUCAACGCCUGGCCCCUGGUCAAGGAGCUCAAACAAGCUCUUGGCUACCCUGCCGCUGCCAGUUUCAAGCACGUCUCGCCCGCUGGUGCUGCUAUCGGUGUCCCUCUGAACGAGAAGGAGCGUAAGGUCUACAUGGUGGACGACAUCAAGGGUAUCGAGUCCUCUGGGCUGGCCCAGGCCUAUGCCCGUGCUCGUGGUGCGGACCGCAUGUCCAGCUUUGGCGAUAUCCUGGCUCUCAGUGACAUUGUCGACACCCCUACUGCCAAGAUCAUCUCCCGUGAGGUGUCGGACGGUGUCAUCGCCGCUGGUUACGAGCCCGAGGCCCUCGAGAUUCUCUCCAAGAAGAAGGGUGGCAAGUACCUUGUUCUUCAGAUGGAUGAGAACUACACCCCGGCCCCCGAGGAGACCCGUACUCUGUACGGUGUCACUCUCACGCAGCACCGCAACGACGUGGUCAUCUCCCCAAGCAAGACUUUCAACAACGUCAUCACUCCCAAGGGUGCUUCUCUGUCUGAGUCUGCUCUUCGCGACAUGACCGUUGCCACCAUCGCCCUGAAGUAUACCCAGUCUAAUUCGGUCUGCUAUGCUCUGAACGGUCAAAUCAUCGGUCUCGGUGCCGGCCAGCAGAGCCGUAUCCACUGUACCCGUCUGGCCGGUGACAAGGCCGACAACUGGUGGAUGCGCUUCCACGACCGAACCAUCAACAUCAAAUGGAAGCAGGGCACCAAGCGUGCCGACAAGAGCAAUGCCAUUGACUUGCUUUGCUCCGAAGAGCGCGAUGCCUGGCUGCAGAAGCUCGGCGAGGUGGUUGUCUCUUCGGAUGCUUUCUUCCCCUUCAUUGACAACGUCUUCCGCGCUGCCCGCUCCGGCGUCAAGUACAUCGCCGCUCCGACCGGCAGCCAGAACGACGCUCCCGUCUUCGAGACUGCCGAGAAAUUGGGCAUUACCUUUGUCGAGCAAGGUGUUCGCUUGUUCCACCACUAA